AGCAAGCAGCACUACACUUUCACUCUGAGUAGCCAUUACUCUCUUCUUUAUAUUAACCCCAUAACUCCACCCCUUCUGUACACACACUACACACACUGUCUACAUUCUCUUCACUCUCCAAUACACACAUCACAUAUAUAUAUAUAUAGUUUUACAUAUAACAGUCGACAAGUUUGGGUGUGAAGAAAAAAAUCAAGAAAUGGAUCCGCCGUUGGUGAACGAGGCAUCAUUUAUUGCGGCAGCAAACCCGUCUUCGUAUAGCUUAGCUGGGCUUCUUUCUUUUCCGACGGGCGGCGGAGGAGGCGGACUCAGAAUGGGGAGCUUGGGCCUUGUCGGAGGAGAUGGGUCGCUGGAGGAAUCCACGGGGACAGAGCAGAGCGGCAGCCGCGGCGGUGCCAAGAGGAGAAGGGAUGCUGCCAAUUCCUUUGAUGAUAGCUCUUCUAAGCUUGUUUCCACUAGUAGUGCUAAUCAAGAUUUGAAUGAAUCGGAUCCCAAGCAUAUGAAAUCGUCUGGAUCCAGAGAUGAAAAUGGUGGCUCUAAAACAGAAACAGAAGAAAUUUCGGGAACCAGUGUCAAGCCCGUCGAGGAGAAGAGUACAGCUGAACCACCUAAGGAUUAUAUUCAUGUUAGAGCGAGAAGGGGUCAAGCCACUGAUAGCCACAGUCUAGCUGAGAGAGCUCGGAGAGAAAAGAUCAGUGAGAGGAUGAAAAUCCUCCAAGAUUUGGUUCCGGGAUGUAACAAGGUCUUCAGCUUUCUGCCCUCCUUUUUGGAUUCGUGCGCUAAGUUUUUGGUUAUUGGAAAAGCUCUUGUUCUUGAUGAAAUAAUUAAUUACAUCCAGUCACUACAGCGGCAAGUUGAGUUUUUAUCAAUGAAGCUUGAAGCAGUUAAUUCAAGGCUAAGUCCCACGAUAGAAGGAUUUCCUUCCAAAGAUUUAGCAGCACCAACAUUCGACCCCAACGGAAUGUUGUACGGGUCGCAACCACCAAGAGAAUACGCCCGUGGAUCACAAGCGGAGUGGCUUCACAUGCAGAUUGGAAGUGGCUUUGAAAGAGCAACAUGACAGGGAAAGUAGCAGUCACCAUUUUAGACCGUCAGUAUUCUUAAUCAGAGUUACUUCUUCUGUAUUCUCAGAGCAGUCUUUCCCAUGUACAAGAGUAGUUACCAGAUUGUAAUAAUUUCUGUAUUACCUAUUUAUAAGAAUAGUCUUAAAUCUGCCUUCUGAUAUUGAAUCUAACACAACUUACUUUCC